AUGGAGAAUAAAUCUGAUACUGGGAAAUUUAUGAAGGGAACCAACUUACGAGCCGACUCAGGAUUAGUGGAUAAUUUUCUGAAUAAAAUCUCACCAUACUUCCCACUGAAGAAUUACUUUAUGUUCAAUUCUGAGACAAAGGACUACAGUCCCCACAACAUGAAACAGCAAGACCUUCAAAAUAAAUACAAAGAUAAGCAUCAAUCUCUUAUGCCAGGGCAUAUUAUUCUUCCAACUCAUCAAGCUCCCGAGGGAUAUAUUUGUGUUGGUAGAGUAAUGGAGACGCCCACUAAAAAAGGUUCAACAACCCCAUCCCAGAACGGUAUCUUCUUUCUUAAUGAAAAUCCAGCCAUGAUGGUUCAAGAAAUUCCCACUUCUUUCAAUCCUAGGAAUGCCGCCAAUAUGCCCUCGAAAGAAAAAGUCAACAAGUGGAUACAGAAUAUUCCAUUUCAUUUAAAUAGCGAAAAUGAUAUCACAGUGGAUUGUUUUCCGGCGGUUACGAGUUAUUCAAGCUCCAAUAGCUGUUCAGAGGAUAACAUAGACCUCGGAGAACUCGAGGCAAUGCUUGAGUUUCAAGCUAGAAAAGUUACUCGCUAUGCAACCAUGUUAUACGAUAACGAAGACGAACCAGUGGCCCGUCUAGACGACGAUUACGAGGAUGAGUAUUAUGAUAGCGAUGGUAACCUCAUUGAUUUUAAUGAUGAUGUGAUGCCACAUGUAGAUACCUCUCUUGGUCAUUAUCAUACAAACAGAGAUGCUGACUAUAUAAUACAAGCAACAUUUUAG